UCUAGUUCCGUCUCUGCAGGGCUGGGGCUCUCCCGAGAAGCAGCCGAGGCCAGGAUGUCCGCCGGCCCUCCUGACGCGGAUCUGGGGAAGAGAACCCUCCAGGCGCCCUGCUCCUUCACCAUCGAAAGCAUCCUCUCCAGCUCGGCCGAGAGAAGGCCGCCGGUCCUGCUGCCCUUGUGCUUCCGAGGGGUCUUGGACUGCGAGCCCAAAGGGCUUUGCGCGCUGGGCAGCAUCGUCACCGGCUCUCUGCGGGAAGAGGAGGAGGCGGGAGAGCUCGAGAUGGACGCGGGGCAGUGGGGCUCCUGCUGCUGCUCCCACGGCUCGGCUCACUUGUGGCAGGAGGCCGCGAGCUGGCUUGACGCCCGCGUUCCCUGGCCCAUGAGACUCUUCCAUCCUGUCGGCAGGCCGUACAGGAACACGCGCGGAAGCCCGAGCGAGCUGCAGACCUUCCACCAGGCCCAGCGCCGCACCCGCCGGCACCGCACGAUCUUCACCGAGGACCAGCUGCAGGCCUUGGAAGCCCUCUUCCACCAGAACCAGUAUCCCGAUGUCAUUACCAGAGAACACCUGGCCAGCCGCAUCCACCUGAAGGAAGAGAGAGUCGAGGUUUGGUUUAAAAACCGUCGUGCCAAGUGGCGGCACCAGAAGAGAGCUUCGGCACUCCUCCUCCAAGGUCCGAAAAAAUCUUCCGAGGGGAACUGCUCAUGACACUGGCUGGAAAAAACAAAAAUGAAAAGGCACACAUCCUUCGGUUGCUGCUCAGAAAAGUGCGCUAAGAGUUAAGAGAGAAAGAAUGGCAAUGAUUGUCCAAAGUUGGUCUAAACGUGUAUUUGGGGGUAGGUGGGUGGGUGGGGAACUAUAAGCUCUAUGCUGAGACAAGCAUUAAAAUCCCUCUCAUUCAACAUCCAAUUUAAGGAGGAAAAGAUGGAAGAGCUGCAGAGUGUCUUUUGCUUGGUAGCACUAGAAAUCCUUGUACUGGAAGGACCCCUACAGUUUGGGACAAAUAAUACUUUGCAAAAUUCAAACCAAACACCUUCUGCUCUUCUUCCUGGCUGCUGUUUGCAUUUGCUGUUUGCAUUUUGGGGGAAAAC